CAGCACAUGAAGUAUGGAAUACUUGCAUCUCGAGCUCUCGAAUUAUACUCCCUGUGCCACAUCCGCCUCGCAGACGGCGUCACGUAUCUGUCACCGAUUGAUGUCUUGCACCAAGUCCUUCGUACGGCAUGGGCCAGACUUCUUCCCAGCUGGUCGGCUCUCAACUCCCAGCCACAUUCGAGUCGCAAGACAGUUCCUAUGAAGAAAACUUCUCUCCAAAGCCCUCACGACCGAGCAUGCCAACCAAGAAGCGCGCUCGCCCCUCCGGCGAGCACGACAAUGAGGAUAGAGUGCAGCGCAAGGCAAGGAAGAUCGGCCACAGCCAGGAGCCUGGCAUGAAGAGGAAAAGAAAAGGACGCGCUUCCAUUCCUCAGCAUCGCAGAGGUACAGCGAUCAUGCCCAGCCAGGAUUCGGUCGCAACGACGCCGGUGCAAGAUACAGAGCGGGACCAUCAUAAGGAGAAUGGAGUGGACAGCGAUGUACAUGAAGAUGAUGUGCGCAUGGGCAGCAUUAACGACUCAGGAGGGCUGAAGUACAGGAUGUCGAAGAUUAAGAGUCAGACGCCGGAGCGAGAGGAGUCCAGCGUGGAGCCCUCUGCGCUUCCAGACGAUCAGUCCACGGACGAGCCACUCAUAUCAGAGAACUACGAGGGAGAGUACCAAGAGUUCGCUCAGGCUGUGGAGCACGAGACGAAUCCUCAACUUCGCGAGCUUAUGGUCGACCACUACUUCGCAGAGGAUGAAGAUGGUGUGAUACUGGGCAUGUCUGGGGUGGAAGAAGCUCGACGUAUGUGGCAGAGGCAACACUCUGAUGGCGGAAAGGGAGUCGAUACGCAAGCUAUCCCAGAAACCUUCGCAGGAUCGAGACAACAGACUGGGUCGGACAGGCCAAUGUCGCAAAGUCCGAGCGUCCUAUCGGCGUCCGAUGACCAACGAGACAUCGUAUUGAACGGAACAGUGCAUCCCCCGGCGAUGAGUGAGCGACGGUCGACUUCAACCUCGUCGUCGGCGUCCAGAUGCGUCACGCCAACUUCAAAGAAUGCAUACCAGCCACCAGCCGCGGACUCUCCGGAACCGGCUCCAGCUGGUCGCAUACCAACCCCACCGUCUUCACGACCAAACGGGGUUUCCAGAUCCAGAGAUGACGAGACUACGCCGACACAGAGAUCUGAGCCUACGGACACACUAAUCUCCGCGAUGGAGUCACCACUUGCCGAGUCACCGACCGGGUCAAAAGCGUCUACACCGACAUCUUCGCCUGCUCCAAGCGAGCGUUCAACUCCUAAACAGGCAUCUGCGAAGUCGUCCGCUCGAGCAGCACUUAGAUCAGCGUCUAGGAAAAAGUCACGGUCCGCACAGAAGUGGACUACUGUGAACGAACCGCAUGAACUUGGUGAGGCCAUGGAUGAAGGUGACCAAGACGACAAAGACGACGAGUAUGCUGUGCCUUUAUCGGAGGAAGAGCCAGAGGGAGAAGCAGAGGGUGCACCAGAGAAAGAGCACCAGAGCGCUCAACAAGCGGACGGGGAGACUAAGAAGAAGAAAUCGAAAGCGAAAUCUGGCAAACCUCGGAAGUCGGAUGCAGAGCGAACACGACCGCCAGCACGUAAAAUCCACAAGGAUGAUGUGAUCAAAGGUGCUUGGUCGUUCCAGGAGAAAGACCUCGCCGACGCCGUCUUCGAGUCGUGUUGCGCGGAGUUGAACCUGACCUCCAUGGAGCUCGCGUGGAAAAUCACGGAGUGGAAUGAAGUCGGGCUGUUUAGGGACAGGAUGCAUGAGGCCUUUCCUUUUCGACUUGCGGGUUCGAUUCGCAAACUCUGCCAACGGAGGUACCAUCCCUUCUCCACAGGGGCCUGGACGCCAGAGGAAGACGAAUCGUUAAAGUCAACGAUCUCCGAGCUUGGCCUGGUUUGGAGUCGGAUUAGUUUCCUUGUGAACCGUCCGCCCGAAGCUUGUCGGGACCGAUGGAAGAAUAUCGUGCAAUACGAGGCAACCAUGGAAUCAGGACCAUGGAGUUUGGAAGAGGAAGCGACCCUGCUCGAGGUUGUGGACGAAUUACUUGACCUGAUCUGGGAGGAGUGCGAGGAUGUGCAAAUCCGAAACGAUCCCGAGCGACUGGAGACGAUGAUCGAUUGGCGCACAGUUGCGAAGAAGUUGAAUGAGACCAGAAGUGCGAAACGUUGUUACGAAAAGUGGAAAAAGCUCAAGCGACGCGCCGACACUGUCAACAAGUCACCGGUGAAAGUCGAACGGCCGGAUCCCUUAGAGGUUCGAAAACGGCUGGAUAGGACAUAUCGGAAAAUCGGCUGGGGCAAUGUGUACGAUGCUCUUGUGGAGAUCUGUGACGCUACGGCCGGGGAGCCGGAGAGAACGUACGAGUACGACUCUACCUUCUGGUCUAUUGAGAUGUUCGCCAUGUUUCGAGCGGAUGCAGAGCUUCAAGCAGCCACUGCCAUGGGUAGUCAGGCGAUUAUUUUGAGAGACCGAUUGUGGCAGCUCAACGAGCAGGGAAGGCUUGAAUGGACGCGCGUCAGCUUCGAACAGAGCACUCAACAGGAUGAAGAAGAGGGCCGGCAGGGAUCACAAGCCACGAGCGACUCUCCGCGCACAAAAACCCCGGCGAAGCGAGGCAAGAGGGGAAGUCGAGCGUCAAGAAGUCAAAGUGCCAGGACUGCGACCGUACCUCUUCCAGAGGCUGGAGAGCAAGACAGCGGGGAAAUAAUGAACGCGGAUCAGCAUCCCAUUGAAGAGCCGGCCACGAGUCACGAUGUUGACGCCUUGGAGAUUCAGGAGACUCCCGCUGACAGUGGCGGUGCUGGAGAUAUUAAGGCUGGCGGUUCGAUCAACGACUGGGAGGACACUGAGAGUCUGGGCAAUGUUACCCCCAGUCUCGGGCCGCGCACAUUCAUGAAUCGGUGUAGGACAUCAAUCACUGGAUAGUGAGGAUGGCAGAGGCUGUCCCAGGGAAUGGUGAUGUAGACCUAUAUGCUGAUCGAACCAAGUGUGGACUGUUGAGCAACCUUCAAUGCGAUGUAAUAAGAUGUGACGA